GUGGCUUCCAGAAACUUAGCAGAUUCCGAGGAUAAGAAGGAGAAGAGCUCUGAAUUUGGUGAUGAUUUAGAAAGGAAGGAAGCUGAUGCGGCUGUUGUUGAUGUUACUCAGAAGGAAGGGCAUGGCCAUGGGGCUCAGCCUUUGACAAAAGAGCAGAGAAGAAAGUCGAAACCUAACCCCAGACUGAGUAAUUUGCCAAAGCAAUCACAGGGGGAGCAGGUGGCGGCUGGAUGGCCUUCUUGGCUCACAGCCGUCUGUGGGGAGGCACUCAGUGGUUGGAUUCCGAGGAAGGCUGAUACCUUUGAGAAGAUUGAUAAGGUUUGUUGUUUCUGUUUGAGAAUCAUUUGGCUAUCUAAGUGGUUUUUGAUACUAUUAUGGUGUAAUUUUCGCUAUCUAAGUGUUUUUCUUAUGUGUUCUAAGUAGCCCAAACAAGAUGUCCAAAUAAGAACAUCCAUGCCUAGACUGAUAAACUAUUCAUACCAAAAGGAUUAUA